GUAGGGCGGGCUCAUCUCCGCUCGGCUCGGGCUCGGUGCGCUGCGGAGAUGGCGACUACAGCUCGGCUGCUGGGGCUGCGUGCGAGGAGCUGGAGGCUGCAGGCGCCGCUGGCCCGCGUCGUUUCCCGGCGGGCCCACUCGCUGCUGGCGGUGGACGAUGCGAUCAACGGGCUGACUGAGGAGCAGAAGCAGCUUCGUCACACCCUCUCUAAGUUCCUGCAGGAGCACCUAGCCCCCCAGGCUCAGGAGAUUGAUCGAAGCAAUGAAUUCAAGAACCUUCGAGAGUUUUGGAAGCAGCUGGGGAAACUGGGAGUCCUGGGCAUCACAGCCCCGGCCCAGUAUGGCGGCUCUGGCAUGGGCUACCUGGAACAUGUGCUGGUGAUGGAGGAAAUAUCCCGAGCUUCCGGCGCCGUGGGACUCAGCUACGGUGCCCACUCCAAUCUCUGCAUCAAUCAAAUCGUGCGCAAUGGGAAUGAGGCCCAGAAGGAGAAGUACCUCCCCAAGCUGAUCAGUGGGGAGUACGUCGGAGCCCUGGCCAUGAGUGAGCCCAAUGCUGGCUCUGAUGUUGUCUCCAUGAAGCUAAAAGCUGAAAAGAAAGGAGAUUACUACAUCCUGAAUGGCAACAAGUUCUGGAUCACCAAUGGCCCUGAUGCCGACGUCCUCGUUGUCUACGCCAAGACAGAUCUGGCUGCUGUGCCCGCUUCUCGGGGCAUCACAGCCUUCAUCGUGGAGAAGAGCAUGCCUGGCUUCAGCACCGCCAAGAAGCUGGACAAGCUGGGGAUGAGGGGUUCUAACACCUGUGAGCUCAUCUUUGAAGACUGCAAGGUUCCUGCAGCUGAGAACAUCUUGGGCCAUCUCAGUAAGGGCGUCUACGUGCUGAUGAGUGGGCUGGACCUGGAGCGGCUGGUGCUGGCUGGUGGGCCCCUCGGGAUCAUGCAGUCCGUCCUGGACCACACCAUUCCCUACCUGCACGUGAGGGAAGCCUUUGGCCAGAAGAUUGGCCACUUCCAGCUGAUGCAGGGGAAGAUGGCCGACAUGUACACCCGCCUUAUGGCAUGUCGGCAGUACGUCUACAAUGUCGCCAAGGCCUGCGACGAGGGCCACUGCACCGCCAAGGACUGCGCGGGUGUGAUCCUUUACACAGCUGAGUGUGCCACACAGGUGGCCCUGGACGGCAUUCAGUGUUUCGGUGGCAACGGCUACAUCAAUGACUUUCCCAUGGGCCGCUUUCUGCGAGAUGCCAAGCUGUAUGAGAUCGGGGCCGGGACCAGUGAGGUGAGGCGGCUGGUCAUCGGCAGAGCCUUCAACACGGACUUCCACUAACGCCAAGACCUGCACCCUCUUCCCAGCACCUCGAGGCCUUUCUUUGGAAGUAGAGUUGUGGCAGCUCUCGUCCCCUGCCUGAGGCAGGUCCUGGGGCUUGGCUGCCCUUGCACCCGCCUGCUGGCCUCUGCACGAGGUUGCGUCCUCUACAAUGGCAGCCAAGCACUGGGGGCCGCGGAGCCAGGCCAGCCAGCCUAGGAAGUGUUCAGUGGCUUAAAAUGGGCUCGACAGGAAGCAUAGUGGCUUUUCUGGGCUACGGGGAUGGGCUUUGGGGACUGCCCUUGCUCUCUAAAUUCCAAGCCUGACGCACCCACCUCCCAGGGUGGUCACAUGGGGGCAGGCAGGCAGUCACCUCCUUUUUGGGGGUGAGCCUUGGCAGGGAGCCCUCUGCUCAUUUACUUGAACCUGGUGGCUUUUCCAGGGGGAAACCCCCCAAAACCUAGCCUUUCUUUCUGCUGAUUUCCAGAGGCAUCAGCCCCUCGCAGCUUGUAAGCAGGCACCCAUUCUUCACAGCCCUGCAUCCUUCCAGGGGCUUCACUCUUUAGGGCUGAAAUCCCCCACUCAGGGCUGGAGCUCUGGGAACAGGCAUCUCAGAACAUGUGCCAUCUAGACCAGCGGUCGCCAACCGGUGGUCCACGGACCACUGGUGGUCUGUGAGGUCCGAAAGGUUGGCAACCGCUGAUCUACUCUGCGGUGGGGUAGAGGUCAGCAUGCUUGUAAAGGAUCAGCACCUCUGAGCCCUUCGGCACUGCUGGGCCACCACCACCAUCGUCCUGGCCAUGUGACAGCCCGCAGCUGACUGGGCAGCAGGCCUGCGUUGGCUGGCUCCACUCCAGCCAGGGCUGCCUGUGUACAUUUCUCUGGACACCCUACGGCUAAUUCUGUUACAACUGCACAGCGGCUGCUGCCAUUUUAUAUUAAACGUUACGAAGCAGACCCAUCUGCUUCUGCUCUGGUGUUUUUGGGGAGAAGCAGUUGGCCUGCCUCCUGUCUGGCUCCAGCCCCGUUGAGAGUGACCGGUCUGGGUCCUGCCCUCUAGCCUGCUCAUUGAAAGGGGAACACCAGCGUGAAAUCAGCCCUUAGAAGAGAAGAAGUCUCAGCCUCUCUUUUCCAGAUCCCCAGAGAUUUUAUAAAGGCAGUUGGAAGCCAGAGUGGCAAGAGCCUUGGAGCUAGAAGGAAGCUCAUAAAUUUUUGGAAACCAU